AUGACAAUUGAGGGCGAAGAAAAUGAAGAUGAAUCAAGACGGAAAGUAUAUUUUGAUGGAGCAGUCAACUUUAAAGGAUCCGGAAUCGGAGCCAUUUUGGUUUCAGAAUCAGGACAAUAUUAUCCAGUGGCAGCCAAGUUUACGUUCAGUUGCACCAACAACAUGGUUAAGUACGAAGCAUGUAUCUUGGGUCUACGUUUAUCCCUCGACAUGCAUGUGAAAGACCUUCAGGUAAUUGGCAAUUCAGAUUUGCUAAUUCAUCAGGUUCGAGGAGAGUGGGCCAUGAAAAAUGAGAAGAUCAUACCCAUCCCGAAAGUAGAUACGUACGUUGAUCCUAUCAAAAUUGAAAUCAGAGAUCAACCAGCCCACUGUGCUUUUGUAGAGGCAGAGACUGAUGGAAAAUCUUGGUACAUUGACAUCAAAGUGUACUUGGAGAAGAGAGAGUAUCCUGAAGGAAUCACCAUAAAUCAAAAGAGGACUAUCAGGAAGUUAGCGAAUGGUUUCUUCCUCAAGAAGAAUGUCCUAUACAGAAGAACCUCGGAUUUAGGGUUGCUUAGAUGUGUUGACUCUGUUAAAGCUACAAGAUUGAUUAAAGAAGUACAUGCCUGA